UGCAGCUCAUCCUCGAGGGCGGAGAGGGGUGGUAUUAGAGUCCGCCGGUAUCCCAGCAGGCAGUGCAGCCUCGAGACGCUGACAAAGGACUCGAGAAGCAGUCGCAGCUGCUUUCUGAAGAGCCGGUGUCGCCGAGAUUGCCAAAAUGGUUUGGAGUUUUUAAUUGCCUUUAAGAAAAGUCCAAAAUAGAUUUGAGACUGUAAAAUCAGAAGCUGUAGCAAGGGGGAUUCAGUGCCAAUGCAUCAACAAAAAAGACAGCCAGAGUUAGUGGAAGGAAAUCUUCCUGUUUUUGUGUUUCCCACGGAGCUAAUAUUUUAUGCAGAUGACCAGUCAACACAUAAGCAAGUGUUGACCCUGUAUAAUCCCUAUGAGUUUGCCUUAAAGUUCAAAGUUUUGUGUACUACUCCAAAUAAGUAUGUUGUCAUUGAUGCUGCCGGCGCAGUGAAGCCUCAGUGUUGUGUGGAUAUUGUGAUUCGUCAUAGAGAUGUUCGAUCCUGUCACUAUGGUGUAAUAGACAAAUUCCGUCUCCAAGUUUCCGAGCAAAGCCAGAGGAAGGCUUUAGGAAGGAAAGAGGUUAUAUCUACUCUUCUCCCAUCUGCAAAGGAACAACAAAAGGAAGAAGAGGAAAAGAGAAUAAAGGAACAUUUAACCGAAAGUUUAUUUUUUGAGCAGUCGUUUCAACCAGAAAACAGAAGUGUCUCCUCAGGACCUAGUUUACUAACUGUCUUCCUGGGAGUGGUGUGUAUUGCAGCUCUGAUGCUUCCUACACGGGGGGAUGUGGAAUCGCUGGUGCCUCUCUACCUCCACUUAAGUGUGAAUCAAAAAUUAGUUGCUGCUUAUAUCUUAGGUCUUAUCACAAUGGCUAUACUUAGAACAUAAGCAAGGAAUUCAGUUGACUUCUGAAGUAAAUUUAUCUUGAAAAUAUGAAUUUGGACUGCUGUAUCUCUAUUUUACUCCAUUAAUAUGCUACAAACUUUUGAAUGACUUACAAUAAUUGCAACUGUAUAAUAUAUAUUUUAACUUACUCUGUAAUUUCAUUCAAAGGACUCCAGCACAUUAUGUUACAGACAGCAAGGAUGCUUCUGAGUGAGACCUAGGGAAUUAUUUGAAGAAAUUCUUUUUAUAACUAAACCUAUUGUGCAAAAGACUUUAAUUAAAACAUCUGUUAUUUUCUCAUCUUUUUUCCUAAUUCACUUUGAUUGUUAAGGUUGUGUGUCCUUCAAAGUUAAAGGCCUGAAAGAGCAAACUGGCCUGAAAAUAAAAUGACAUUUAUUUUUUAGCUGUGAAUAUCAAUGUUACUAUGUAAAUUAUGCCCUGUCCUCUAGCAUUAUAAACAGUUGCUAUGGUGUUUCUAAAAUAAGAGCUUUACGGUUCAUGUGCGGAGGAUAAAAAGAAAAAAAAAGGCAAAAAGUACUGGGGAAUCAUGCUUAUCUGAGGGUUUCGCAGAAGACAGAACAUAAUUCAUCUGGUGAACUACCUAUUCUAUAUUCAAUAUAUAUUCUAUAUAUUCUAUAGAAUAGGUAGUGGUCCAGGCACCUAGCAUGUGGGUUUGUUUUAAACCUCAGAGAAGUAGGGUGACCUGUCUGUUUGAUCUAAGGACUCUAAAGGAAGUAGAAUUUCUUUAAUUGGUUCACAUGGGCUUUAUGUAUGGAUAGCACUUUGUCAAUAGGAGGAAAAAUAAAUUUAUCUUUUCUCUCCAGUCCUUUGCCUGAUCAUAAGUGACUAGCCCAGACUGGGAUUACCUGAUGCCAGGUGGUUUGUAUGGAGAUGAUUUUUCACCUUUCAACUUUUAAGCCAAGUAUAGAAAAUCCUUAAUAUCUGUGUCUAUUUUAUAUCAGUCACUGAGACAUUUUUUAAGUUUCUAUUUAUAUUAUUAAAACAACUUUACCAAAAAAAGUCCCUGAAGCACAACUAUUGACAUUUCUUUAUAGCCCCUUCUGAUCUUUAACGUAUAUAUGCAGUUUUAACUGUUAUUGUCAUAGUAACUGAUCUUUUGACUUAAGAUUUUUAUCUAAGAGCACAAUGCAUUAAGACUUUCUUGAAAAUCAUCUUUCAGAUCUUUGUACAGAAUGAACCUAUGCCGUGCUACUGUAAUAUUCUCAAGGAAUAUACAUACAUAAACAAAAUAUGUGAGGUUGGUUUUUGCAGGAAACAGUACUUUGUUUCUAUAGUAAAAGAUUUUGUGUAUACUCUUAGAGAAUCAUUGUUUAACCAUCUGGGGGGGUGCAUAAAUCAUUAAGUGGAUCAUAUCUGUACAUUGUGUAAUGACUGAAAAAGCACAGAAGUGUAAUCUAUUUUGAACUUUGUAAAAAACAAUUUGUUUAAAGGCCAUCCUUGUUUCUCUGUCCAUCUCAAGUCUUGUGUGUGUGUGUGUGUGUGUGGUAACACAUUGUAAAGAACACAAAAUACUUCAAAAAAAAUAAAAGAAAAUGGAGACCUGA